AUGCUGAGCUGGGUCCAGAAGGUGCUGCCUCAGCCUCCGGGGACUCCUCAGAAGACCAAGAUAGAGGAGGAGGAGGAGGCAGAACCAGAACCAGAGCUGGAGCUGGAGCCAAAGCCGGAGCCAGAGCCGGACCUGGAGCCGGAGCCAGAGCCAGAGCUUGAGACAGAGGCAGAACCAGAACUGGAGCCUGAAACAGCCCCCGAGGAGGCUGAGCUGGAGGACCAGCGUGAAACAGCCCCCGAGGAGGCUGAGCUGGAGGACCAGCGUGAAACAGCCCCCGAGGAGGCUGAGCUGGAGGACCAGCGUGAAACAGCCCCCGAGGAGGCUGAGCUGGAGGACCAGCCUGAAACAGUCCCCGAGGAGGCUGAGCUGGAGGACCAGCCUGAAACAGCCCCCGAGGAGGCUGAGCUGGAGGACCAGCCUGAAACAGCCCCCGAGGAGGCUGAGCUGGAAGACCAGCCUGAAACAGCCCCCAAGGAGGCUGAGCUGGAGGACCAGCCUGAAACAGCCCCCGAGGAGGCUGACCUAGAGGACCAGCCUGAAACAGCCCCCAAGGAGGCCGAGCUGCAGGACGAGCCUGAAACAGCACCUGAGGAGGCUAAACUACAGGCCAUGCCACCUGAAGAGCCAUUGGAGGAGGAGGAAAUGGCUGCGGCUGCCCUGAGCCCUCAGGAGACCCAGGAGGCUGCCUCUACUCUGCCCACAUCCCUCCAGGCUCAGGUCACUGUGGCUCCUGAAGUGAACAGCAGUCCCAGCAGCUGGGCACUGACCUGGCUCAUGAAGGGUGUGGAGAAGGUCGUCCCACAGCCCGUCCACAGCGGCAGGGCAGCCCAGAACACCACUGCUGGCAUGGAGGACCCAGAUCAGGCUGGAGCACAGGUCCUUGGGCACUGCAGCACUGGAGGUGCAGCAGCAUCUGCAGAUGGACCCAGUGAGGGCCCCAGGGCCCAGGACACCAGAGGGCAGUCCAGCCCUGUGUCAGAAUUUGAGGCUGGCAGAAGUUUGCCCACCACCCUGGGGCCCUUUAAGAGUAUACAGAACAAGACCCCCACUUACAGGAGGCCAUGGCUGCUCAGAUGGUUCGAAAAGAAUCUGGAGAAAGCGCUGCCUCAGCCCCCCAAAUACUCUAAGGGCUGGAGAGAUGAGCCUGCAGCUGCUGCCUCGAGCCCAGAGCCUGCAGCCCCGCCCCUGGAGACAGAGCCCGAGCCUGAGCCACCACAGGUCCCGGAGAGCCUCUCCCUCCCCACGGCCGUUCCCCUGGAGCCUGAGGAGGAGCUGGCUGCAGAGCCCCUGCCUGGCUUCCAGGCCUCCUCCCUGCUGCCACCCAAGGACCCUGCCAGGUUGGUAGCAUGGCUUCUGCACAGACUGGAGAUGGCCCUGCCACAGCCAGUGCUCCAUGGGAAAGCUGGGGAGCAGGAGGCUGACUCCCCUGAGACAAGUGACGUGCAGACCAUCAGCAUCCUCCCUGGAGGGCAAGUGGAGCCCGACCUCAUCCUAGAGGAGGUUGACCCUGACUGGGAGGACGCCCACCAGGAUGGCAGCACCAGCCCACAGGGUACAGAGGUGGCUCCAGCUUAUGAAGAAGAGAACGAAUCUGUGGAGGAGAUACUCAGGAAGCUGCCCCAGAUUCAAGAGGAGAAAGAAGAUGAGGAGGAGGAUGGAGAGGAGGAGGAAGAGGAGGAGGAGGAACAGGAGGCUGAUUUCCUGCUGGAUAGCUGUUUAAUGUCACAGGCCAGCGAGGACCAGAGUGCAGUAGGCGAGACCCAGCACCAGAGGGCCUCACCCCAGGAGCUGUGGGAGGAAGCUGUGGCCACCAGCUCAGGAGUGCCUGCCACGAAAGAGCACCCAGAAGUGCAGGUGGAAGACACUGAUGCUGUCAUCCACCCCCUCAUCAUGGAGGAGAAUCCACCCUCGCCCGAGCUGCUGCCACCUUCUCCUGCCAAAUCCGACACCCUCAUGGUCCCGGGCUCAGCCUUGGGGAUGCACAGGAAGAAGCUGCCCUCUCAGGAUGAUGAGGAUGAAGAGCUCAAGGUGCUGUCCCCAGCUGAGUCCCCGGUGUUGGCCUGGUCAGACCCCACUACCCCUCAGGACACCGAUGGACAGGACCGUGCGGCCUCCACGGCCAGCCAGAACAGUGCCAUCAUCAAUGAACGGCUCCAGGAGCUGGUGAAGCUCUUCAAGGAGCGGACAGAGAAGGUGAAGGAGAAGCUCAUCGACCCCGACGUCACCUCCGACGAGGAGAGUCCCAAGCCCUCCCCAGCCAAGAAAGCCCCAGAGCCAGCUCCAGACACCAAGCCUGCUGACAUGGGGCAGGUGGAGGAGGAGCACUACUGCGACAUGCUCUGCUGCAAGUUCAAACGCCGCCCCUGGAAGAUGUACCAGUUUCCCCAGAGCAUUGAUCCUCUGACCAACCUGAUGUACGUCCUGUGGCUGUUCUUCGUGGUGUUGGCCUGGAACUGGAACUGCUGGCUCAUCCCUGUACGCUGGGCCUUCCCUUACCAGACGCCGGACAACAUCCAUCUCUGGCUGUUGAUGGAUUACCUGUGCGACCUCAUCUACCUUCUGGACAUCACUGUGUUCCAGAUGCGCCUGCAGUUUGUCAGAGGGGGGGACAUCAUUACAGACAAAAAGGACAUGCGAAAUAACUACAUGAAAUCUCGUCGCUUUAAGAUGGACCUGCUCUGCCUCCUGCCCUUGGAUUUUCUCUACUUGAAAUUUGGUGUGAACCCCCUCCUUCGCUUGCCCCGCUGUUUAAAGUACCUGGCCUUCUUUGAGUUUAACGACCGCCUGGAAUCCAUCCUCAGCAAAGCCUACGUUUACAGGGUCAUCAGAACCACAGCCUACUUGCUGUACAGUUUACACUUGAACUCAUGUCUUUAUUACUGGGCGUCGGACUAUGAGGGCAUCGGCUCCACACACUGGGUUUACGAUGGCGUGGGAAAUGGUUACAUUCGCUGUUACUACUGGGCUGUGAAGACCCUCAUCACCAUUGGUGGGCUGCCCGACCCCAGGACACUCUUUGAAAUUGUCUUCCAACUUCUGAACUACUUCACAGGCGUCUUUGCUUUCUCUGUGAUGAUUGGACAGAUGAGAGAUGUGGUGGGAGCCGCCACCGCAGGCCAGACCUACUACCGCAGCUGCAUGGACAGCACAGUGAAGUACAUGAACUUCUACAGGAUCCCCAAGUCCGUGCAGAACCGUGUCAAGACCUGGUACGAGUACACCUGGCAGUCGCAAGGCAUGCUGGACGAAUCAGAACUGAUGGUGCAGCUUCCGGACAAGAUGCGGCUGGACCUCGCCAUCGACGUGAACUAUGACAUUGUUAGCAAAGUGGCACUCUUUCAGGGCUGUGACCGGCAGAUGAUCUUUGACAUGCUGAAGAGGCUUCGCUCUGUGGUCUACCUGCCCAAUGACUACGUGUGCAAGAAGGGGGAGAUUGGCCGUGAGAUGUACAUCAUCCAGGCGGGGCAGGUGCAGGUUUUGGGCGGCCCUGAUGGGAAAUCUGUGCUGGUGACACUCAAAGCUGGAUCUGUGUUUGGAGAAAUCAGCUUGCUGGCUGUUGGUGGCGGGAAUCGGCGUACAGCCAACGUGGUGGCCCACGGGUUUACCAACCUGUUCAUUCUCGAUAAGAAGGACUUGAAUGAAAUUUUGGUGCAUUAUCCUGAGUCUCAGAAGUUACUCCGGAAAAAAGCCAGGCGCAUGCUGAGAAGCAACAACAAGCCCAAGGAGGAGAAGAGCGUGCUCAUCCUCCCACCCCGGGCGGGCACCCCCAAGCUCUUCAACGCCGCCCUUGCUGCAACAGGGAAGAUGGGUGGCAAGGGGGCCAGAGGAGGCAAGCUCGCCCACCUCAGAGCUCGCCUCAAAGAGCUGGCCGCGCUGGAGGCGGCUGCCAAACAGCAACAGCUGCUGGAACAGGCCAAGAGCUCACAAGACGCUGCAGGAGAGGCAGGCUCUGCGGCUCCCGACCAGCCCGCGGCCCCGACGGAGGCCGCCCCCGACCAGGCUGCGCCCCCGGAGCCUCCGGAGGCACCGGCCCGGAGCUCCCCGCCGGCCCCGGGAUCCCCGCCGGCCUCGGCCUCCCCUCCGGCCCGGAGGAAGCCGGAGGAAGGCGGCGAGGGGGCAGCCGGGCCCUCGGAGCCCUCGGUGCGGAUCCACAUAAGCCCGGGCCCGGAGCCCAGCGAGAAGGAGGAGGGGCCGGCGGCGUGA